AUGUCUUCCUGCUGCUGGAUUUCCUCAGCCCUAAAGGGGUCCCCUAGUCGUGUGCUUGUUGCGCUGCUGUUGGUGAGCUGCUCUCGCCCUGAUGCUGGUGCUGCUGCCUUGGGGGUAGCAGCAGCAGCUGCUGCUGCACCAGCAGCAGACUAUCCGGAGUAUUGUUUGAAGGAGUGGACAGUGCAAGACAGGCGAUCGGUGCCGCCGUUGAGUGCAGCUGCUCAAUCGCUUAAUUUGCAGCUUCAACAGGUGCAUGCGUUAGUGCGGCACGGCGCCAGGGCCCCCUAUGACCGUAACUGUUGGGUGUGGGGCGAAGGCCCCGACUCCGGGCUGCACAAGAACAGCAGCGGAGACAGCAGCAGCAGCAGCAGCAGCAGCGCCAGCAGCAGCCCUAGCAACAGCGACACAAGCAGCAGCAGCAGCAGUGGGGGGCAUCGUCAUGUGGGCCCCGCCCCCGAACAAGACGCCUUAAGAAGUGACGCUGAGCGGUGCCCCCCAGUUGGCCAUCACAGACAGGCUGACUGUGCUGCAGCAGCAGAGUCUCAGGGCCCUGGAGAAGAAAUUCAUGAAGGGGAAGGCAGCUCACUAUCGCCUGCAACAGCAGCAGCAGCAGCAGAAACAACAGCAGCAAAGACUGCUGCUCCUUUAGAUGAUACACAUACCAGCAGCCGCCCACCGCCUCGAGCUCUCUCCGCUGAAGACAGUAGCAACAGCAGCAGCAGCAGCAGCAGCAGCGCCGGCGGCGUAGAUAGCACCAGUAGCAGAGUCAGCGAGACUCCCCGCGAAAACACAGUGGCUGGAGCAGCAGCAGCAGCAGCAGCAGCAGAGUUAGGACCGCCAUGGGAGUGCGCCUUCCAGGAGGAGUUAGGAAUGAAUGACUCUAGGUCGGGUGAGCUGGCUACCCCGUCUUUAGUGAAGAAAUACGUGGCUGGCCCAGCGGAGACAGGUCUCUUUAGAGGCAGCUGCGUCCCUUCUAGCCUUUUAGAUGAAGGGCAGGCGCAGCUGCGCCGCAUCGGCGCUAUCCUUAGCCAGGCCUACGUGGCUGGAGCCUCGCAAACACAGCAGCAGCAGCAGCAGCAGCAGCAACAGCAGCAGCAGCAGUUGGUGCAUCGACUGUUUAGUGUGGAGGAGUUACGUGCUGCGCCCCACAGGAGACUGCUUCUGCGUUCUACAGACAUUUCACGUACAUUAGCGAGCGGGGCUUUUCUAUUAGAAGCAUUUUUUAAAACAUGCGGGGUGUCUCCUCAGCGCAUGCAGGUAGAGACACAUGAGGUUACUUCAGACCCAUUGCUGUCGGGAUAUGCCUCAACUACUGUCUCCGAACUGAGGAGACAGGCAGAAGCAAGCCCUGAGUUUGCUGCACUUACUGCGAAGCACCACAAGAUAAAGCAGCAGCUGGUGCAGCAUCUGCAUCUCUCGUUAGAGGACCUAGAGGCCCUCUGGCCUGAGGUGAUAGUAGAUUGUGCUCUCACCUACUACUGCAGCAAUAGGAGACACUUGCUGCCGUCCCUGCUGCAGCACAACGACUUCGCUUUGCUGCGACAGCUGCAGCAAAUCAAUGACCAGAUCACCAACUUCUGGACUAGCUGGGCGGAGGCUGCUGCUGCUGCUGCUGCAGCACAGCCCCUCUUUCAAGAGCUCGUGCAGAAAAUCCUCGCUCCCAUACGCAAAAGCCAGCAGCUGAAGCAGCAGCAACAGCAGCAGCAGCAACGGGGCAGCAGCAGCACGGCAGCAGUAGCACCAGACGCUCCAGAGCCUUCUUUGUCUCUCUACAUGACGCACGACGUCACCCUCAUUGCUGUCCUUGCUGCUCUGCGAGUCUAUGGCGGUGUCUGGCCUCCCUACGCCUCUAUUGUAGCCUUCGAGGUCUACGAACACUUCCCGCAGCAGCAAAACAGCAGCACCAGCAGCAGCAGCAGCAGCAACAACGGGAGAGACAGCACCUCAUCGCAUGUCUUCCGAAUUGUUUAUAACGGAGAAGUUUUAACAUCAAAGAUGCCCGGGUGUAUAGGAGACGCGCUGCUGGCCCCUGACCUCUGCAGUUUAGACGUCCUUAUACGCAGCAUGCAGACUCCCCCUCCUCAACCCCCUGUGCCUCAAGAAAAGCAGCAUAAACAACAGCAACAGCAGCAGCAACAGCAGCAGCAGCAACAGAAGCAGCAGCAUCAAGAGGGCCGGGAGCAACGGGAGGAUAAUCCGCCGGAACGAAUGGGCCAUUAUCGUCAGGCCCAGCAGCAACAGCUGCAGCAGCAACAGCAGCAGCAGGAGCAACAGCAGCAGGAGCAACAGCAGCAGCGGCUGCAGGAGCAGCUGCUGCAUCAGCUGCAGCAGCGGCAGCGACAGGAAGAAAUGUAG